AUGAGAACUCGGUCAUUUGAUUUAUCGAUCUGGCGCCGGCGUACAGAGCCCUGCGUAGUCAGCUGCAGUUCUGCGCCGUCGGUCGAUGAUUGGCCUACAUGCCCUAUAAUUGUCGCUUGCUCUGCUGCUGCUGCUGUUGCUGCUGCUGCUGCUGCUGCUGCUGCUGCUGCUGCUGCUGCUGCUGCUGCUGCUGCUGCUGCUGCUGCUGCUGCUGCUGCUGCUGCUGCUGCUGCUGCUGCUGCUGCUGCUGCUGCUGCUGCUGCUGCUGCUGCUGCUGCUGCUGCUACCUCUGACGAUGGACUCCUGUACGAGUCUGAGAGCUCAGGACAAUAAACACGGUGUUCCGGUGCUCGACUCUUCCUCUUCACGAACAAAGGCCUCGUUAUCGUGCCCGCGGACGAAGGGGUUUCCACUGGACAGGGCAGACUAUCGCGGCAGGCUAGGCGGAGACUGAGAACCUGGCUACCACGACCUUCAGGCCCGGUCCCGAAUGGAAAGAGAAGGCGGACGCCAGUGGGAAGGAUAAUAUAUUCCGUACAGAAUAACUGGAGGAGUUGGAGGAAGCUGGCAGCCGGACAAGGACACCUCCGGCGCCGGCUGAACGGCCUCCCCAGCGUGUGUGAAGGAAUGCGUCAAAGCGUCUUAAGCCAGGACACGUAUGACUCGGCCUUGAAUCUGAUUGGUCGGUUGGAAAGCCGAGUGGGCCAAUAACAGACAACCCUGGUGCGCGCGUGCAGACACUCGUGGGAGGCCCAGCGUUGCGACAGGCGGCGCUAGGAGCAGGGACACUAAAAGACUAUCUUCAGAAAGUCAAAGGCCUGAUGUAGGACCGCCGGUCCUAUAUCCCAUGACAAUUCAGUCUCCAAAAAAUGCUGACAUGCCAAAUCAGUGCGACGUUGUUGGCAAUUAAGAACUCAGCUGCAAUAUCGUCGAUCGACUGACGCAUGAUCAGAGCACAAAGAGGGCCCUUUUCUCCGGCCAGUUGUAUCACUAAAAGGCACGCCAACCUGCGGACUGGCAAAGGGGCUGUUUCGAUGUCUUAAAUUUCUGACCACUGAUUCAGACACCAUUUUCAGCUCGUCAACACAAUACUUGGACAAACUAAAUGGAUUAAGUCUCCGACCAAAUGAUGUCAUAGCAUCGACUGACUUCGCGUCUCUUUUUACUUCUGUGCCCUAGAAUAUUGUUGUCGAAGGCAUCGACUUACUUCUGCGAAACAAAUACGAUUAACCUGACCCAAAUGUGACUAAUCUCACAGCUUCCGGUGCGGUCUCGUAGCUCAGCCGAUUAGAGCGCAUCUUCCUUCCUUCCGUGGGUUCGAAUCCCACCGAGGCGUCAGGUUUUUCGCAAUUGGGCCGAAAUUAAGUCCAACAUAAACGGGUGUGGAUCCCACCUCUCAUUUUACAGACUGACUGGUUUAGUUAGGAAGUUCAGUCUAAAGUAAUAUCAGGACCAACGAUGACAUUGCCUACCGGCCAGCCAGACCUACGAUCGGUAUUAACAUACUGCCUAUAUCAUGCGCCGCUGUGCGGCUGCUGGUUGGACUCGAGAGAGAGCCCGUAAGGCACAACUGAACGAGUGAGUUCCGUAAGAACGAUCGGUGAGCGCCCCCUACCAACCUUUGAAGUCGUUUGCUGAGUCUGUUGCAUUUACGGACACAGCCAAUGCCUCGAAAAAUUUGGGGAAUAACUCCUAACCCAAAUGGCUGAACAUUCGGCAGGAGUGAAGAGGAAUGCUGCUAUUUCACAGAUCGCGGACAGUGCGACGGGAUGCUGCCACAUCUCCAAAGUCAAUGAAGCCAAGAUCCUCGCGAUCGGCACAGCUGAUGCUGGUUUGUGUGGGUGUGUGAUGGCAUGGUAACUGAGUUCUAUAAGUACUGCGCUUCUUAUACCUCCACUACGCUACUCUGCGUCUGGUCCUGAUGAUAGGCUCAAGUCGGAAUCCGAAACGUCAGGUCAAUAAACUUCUCGUUCUAACGAUCGCUUAUUCUGAUUCAGAACUGAUUCCUGGAAUUCGCCUCUACGUUUCAAUAUGGUACAGUUUAAGUUGACGUCAAGCCGUCGUCACGCGCGGCGUAAGCAUUCGAUUGACGACGGGUGCUAGGCAGAAAAAAGGCGAAAAUGAUAACCGGCGGCAGUGACGGUGGCUGCUUAAGGGGUUAUUGGUUGCCGCUAUAGUUAGGACCAAAUUUUGGGGUUAAUACGAGACGGGCGGUCAGGUCGACUGAAGAACAUCUCCCGGGUGGUUGACUCUACGUCAGUUUGACCGACGCCCAUAAGCAGAAAGUAUUUUCCGAGUCAUCCCAGGAUUUUGGACUAAAAUGAGUAGCCUUCUUAGGGAUAGAAGUGAUUAUUGUUGACCGCCAAGUAAAAGGUAUAUUUGACUUCAAGAUUGACAUGUUAUUAGGGUGGUUCGGAUGUGGUCAUGUAGCCCCACCUGAGGUAAAUAAACCCCAGCCGCCUGCAAUACGAGACCGGUGGUAAUAGGGGGUUUUUGCAGGUAGGGCCGGAGGUCAAGCAAUUGUAUGCAAAAGAAAAGCUAUUAGAGAUGCGCGGUUGUAACUUGUAUGGUUGAAAAAUAGUUGCCCUAACCCCCAACCCUAAGCACUAACCCUUAACCCUAACCCUUAACCGCAGCCCUAAAUUUUAGCCCAACACUACUGUGUCCAUCAGGUGGGGCUACAUAACCACAUCUUACCUACUUUUCAUCCACAAGAGUCCUCAUUAUGAGCCAAUGUAAACAAGGUCUGAAUGCGUUUCAUGCCGGUGGGCGACAUUAUGCCAGUCUCGCCUGGAUCGCUUGCUGAUCCCAACGCAGAUAAUCGAUCAAUGCUUCCAGUGCGUAGAAGGCAACAUUCCCUGAAUGCAUACUUGUUUGAGUCAGCUGCCUGAGCUAUUUACUGUGAGCGACUCUACGCCUCCCACAACUGACCUAGCCUACGAUACAACGCACUCCAUUUCAAGGAGGUUAGCUUGUAUGUACCAGCCCACGUUGGUGCACUGUAUCGUUUGCAAAUAGAUUUAUGAUUCUCCCUCAUGCGCAUAUGUUUACUGUUGAACUUUCGUAUGAUCUCUGCAUAAAAGCAGUUGAAUUGGGAGGCAGCGCUCUGAACGAGAGCAUCAGAAGUUGCGAGAUGACUCGGACUGUUGUAGUACUCAGCACAUUGCUUGUAGCGACUUUCGGAGUAGUGGCUCAGAUGGAUGAAGGAUUUUGCCCCAUUCACUAUCCCUUUUGGGAGACAUGUGAACCCUGCAUCUGUACAUGUAUUCAACAGGCCCCUCGGAUUGGAGGAAGCACAGAAAGACCGCCAAACUCGACAAAUACGGAACCUCAGUUAAAGCCGACAGCUCAGCCAGACUUAGUACCUCCGUCAAAUUCUGAAGAUUUGGCACCUGCAACAACUUCUACAUCCUCAAUAUCUUCGGCCUCCCCGACACCUUCGGCAACUUCGGAUCCUGCAACGACCACGGAUGCUUCGACGACGUCGGAUCCAUCAACAACCUCGGAUCCUUCAACAGCAUCUUAUCCUCUGAUAACAUCGGACGCUUCGACAACCUCAGAUCCUGCAGCGAACUCGGAUCCUUCGGCAACAUCAGAUCCCUCAACAACAUUAGAUCUCUCAACGACCACGGAUCCUGUGACGACCUCGGAUCCUGA